UUUCCUGCUACUGUUUAGCUUAUUGCAGGAGUGACCAGGACACUACCUUCUAGAAGUAAUGCCCACAGAAAGCGGAAGUUGUUCGACUGCCCGCCAAGCAAAACAAAAACGCAAAUCACAUAGCCUUUCUAUACGAAGAACUAACAGCUCGGAGCAGGAGAGGACAGGACUGCCAAGAGAAAUGUUAGAAGGACAAGAUUCUAAACUGCCUUCCUCAGUUCGCAGUACACUUCUGGAACUGUUUGGUCAGAUAGAAAGAGAGUUUGAAAAUCUUUAUAUCGAAAACUUAGAAUUGCGUAGAGAAAUCGAUACUCUUAAUGAGCGUUUAGCUGCUGAAGGACAAGUGAUCGAUGGGGCAGAGCUGAGUAAGGGCCAACUGAAAACCAAAGCCAGUCACAGCACCAGCCAGCUUUCGCAGAAACUAAAGACCACGUACAAGGCUUCCACCAGCAAGAUUGUCUCCAGCUUCAAGACUACCACGUCGAGGGCUGUCUGCCAGCUUGUGAAAGAGUACAUUGGCCACAGGGAUGGCAUCUGGGAUGUCAGCGUCGCCAGGACACAGCCAGUGGUGCUUGGGACUGCGUCGGCUGAUCACACAGCUUUGCUCUGGAGCAUAGAGACAGGGAAGUGCCUUGUCAAAUAUGCAGGCCACGUGGGUUCAGUAAAUUCUAUAAAAUUUCAUCCCUCAGAGCAGUUGGCUCUCACCGCUUCUGGAGAUCAGACUGCUCAUAUUUGGAGAUAUGCGGUGCAGCUGCCGACACCUCAGCCUGUCGCUGACACCAGUCAGCAGAUCUCUGGAGAAGAUGAGGUGGAGUGCUCCGACAAAGAUGAGCCUGACCUUGAUGGGGACGUGUCCAGUGACUGCCCUACCAUCCGUGUCCCGCUGACCUCCCUCAAGAGCCACCAGGGAGUGGUCAUUGCUGCUGAUUGGCUAGUCGGGGGGAAGCAGGCUGUGACCGCCUCCUGGGACCGCACGGCGAACCUGUAUGAUGUGGAGACGUCUGAGCUUGUCCAUUCUCUGACAGGGCAUGACCAGGAGCUGACGCACUGCUGCACACACCCCACCCAGCGACUUGUAGUGACCUCCUCCCGCGACACGACCUUCCGCCUCUGGGACUUCAGGGACCCUUCCAUCCACUCCGUUAAUGUUUUCCAGGGACAUACAGACACUGUGACCUCUGCUGUGUUCACCGUGGGAGACAACGUAGUUUCAGGCAGCGAUGACCGCACGGUGAAAGUGUGGGAUUUGAAGAAUAUGAGGUCCCCCAUCGCAACCAUCCGCACAGACUCUGCCAUCAACAGGAUCAAUGUAUGUGUUGGCCAAAAGAUCAUAGCCCUCCCCCAUGACAACCGACAAGUGAGGUUGUUUGACAUGUCAGGAGUGCGGCUGGCACGGCUUCCCCGGAGCAGCCGACAGGGCCACAGAAGGAUGGUAUGCUGCUCGGCGUGGAGUGAAGACCAUCCCAUGUGCAAUCUGUUCACCUGCGGGUUUGACCGGCAAGCCAUUGGUUGGAACAUCAACAUCCCUGCACUGCUGCAAGAAAAAUAAGGACGCCAGCGCUCCGUGGUUUCGUUUGCCAGCGCAGACCUUUGACUGGCGCAGACUCGUCUGCGUCUUAUCAGCCAUUUUCGUGAGAGUUUGGCCCUGGGAAAGGGUGCCUUGUCUUUAUUGCGGUGUGAUAAACAGCACACGGAACAUAUUUAAAGUGUGACGAGCUUUGGCGUGUAUAUUCACCCGUGAAAUCAUCCCACAAUCAAGAUAAGGCACAGUCACCCCAAAGCUCACUCACACCCCUUCGUGCUCCCCGCAGUCCCCCUCGUCAGCUCACCCCCCGCUUGGAGAAGCGCUGGUCUACCUUUGUCGCUCGAGAUGAGUUGGCAGUUUCUAGAAUUACAUGUGAAUGCAGUGAUACACCAUGUACUUGCUUAUUUUUGGCUUCUUUUUCCUCAGAAAAGUUGUUUUGGAGUCCCCGCCACUCGGGCGGCUGAGAGGGGAGGACCGCCUGAGCCCAGGAGGCCGAGGCUGCAGUGAGCCUGAUCGGACCACAGCACUCCGGCUGGGCGAAAGAGUGAGACCCCAACUCAGAGUAAUAAACUAGAAAAUAAAAUAAUAAAAUAAAAAUAUGUAAAUACUGUGAUGUACAUUUUGUCACAUUAGGAAAAGUUCUAAAAAAAGAAAGCGUGUUUUGAGAUUAAUUUAUGUUGUAGCCUAUGCCAGUAUAUUCCUUUUUAUUGCCGAUAGGAUUUCUUUGUGUGGCGACACCACAGUUGCUUAUCCAUUUGCCUGCUGAUGGACAUUUAGAUCGUGUCCAGUUGUUAGCCGUUUCCAAGACGGCGGUUAGGAACAUCUCUGUACAAGUCUCUGCCAACACAGGUCACUCUCCUGGCGACCCUGAGUGUGGAAGGGCUGAGCACGUGGCCGGCGGGCUGCACCUUUCACUUUUCGAGGACCUGCCCGUGGGUUUCCGAAGUGACCACUGGAGACUUCUAGUUUCUGUUCCUAUGUGCAAAGAGCUUGAAGUCAUCCCUCCUUCCCUUACGCCAAAAAGUGGCCAAAAGUAGAAAAUCAAUUAUCCUUCUUAGAUGUUAU